AUGAUUGAUCAACACAAUUCCAUAGCACAAUCAUUUAGAAGAGUGAGGGAAUUCCAUGAGAAUCACCCGUCUGAGAUGUUUUCUUUGAAAUUGUUUAGUCAAAGAGAACGUGAUCGAAGAGUUUAUAAUUAUCCUUCGUGCGAUGAAGUUGCUGCUUUGGUUGUUGGUGAUUUUGAUUCUUCUGAUACUGGUCGUGAUGUCAUUGUUAAAUUUGCAGCUGGCCAACUUCAAAGAAUAUAUGAGACACAUGCUUUAUACUGGCCAUUGCAAUAUCCCUUGCUUUUUCCUUACGGGGAAGAUGGUUAUCAAUUGGGUAUUCCUUAUCAAUAUAUUCAAGAUAUAAAUAUUGCAGGGAGAAGGACUAGAGUAUCCAUGCGAGAAUUUAUCUGUUUUCGUUUGCAAAUGAGAGAGCAUGAGGAUAGCAUUAUUCAUAAGUCUAGAAGAUUGUUCCAACAGUUUGUUGUUGAUUCAUUCUCUAUGAUUGAGUCACAGAGGCUUUAUGAAAUCAGGAAAAAACAUAGCACAAUUAGAGGAGAAGUCUUACAAGGUAUUGAAGAAGCUAUGCGACGCGGUGAUACUGAAGCAUCAUCAAUUGGUACUCGAGUGAUUUUGCCUUCUUCCUUCACUGGUAGUAAACGUUACAUGUUUAAUAAUUGCCAAGAUGCUAUGGCUAUUUGUAAGCAUUUUGGGUAUCCAGAUCUAUUUCUUACCCUUACUUGCAAUCCUAAUUGGCCUGAGUUUCAAAGAUAUACUAAUCGUGAUCAAGUUCCAAUUGCUGAUCGGCCAGACAUUGCUUGCCGAGUCUUUCAUGCUAAGAUGAAGUGUCUUCUUAAUGAUCUUAAGAAUGGUAUGUAUACAAUUGAGUUUCAAAAAAGAGGUUUGCCACAUGCACAUAUUCUACUUUGGCUUGAUGGAAGGAAUAGAUUGCAGAAUAUUGAAAUUGUUGAUGAGUUGAUUUGUGCGGAACUUCCUAAUCCUAUGAAGUUUCCACAUUUGUAUAGUGUGGUUAGUAAAUACAUGAUUCAUGGCCCUUGUGGUAAGGCUCAUAUCAAUUUGGAAAUUUGCAACAAGUCAAAUGUUAUAAAGUAUCUUUUCAAGUACAUUAACAAGGGUCCAGAUCGUGUAACUGCAACCAUUAGUCAUUCAACUGAGACAACUCAUUCUUUUGAAGUGGUUGAUGAGAUCAAACAGUAUUAUGAUUGUCGGUAUCUUUCCCCUUGUGAAUCUAUGUGGAGAAUUUUUGCAUAUGAAAUUCAUCAUAGAUGGCCACCUGUGCAAAGACUCAGAUUUCAUUUACCUAAUCAGCAGCAUGUUGUGUUCGAUGAUCAUGAUACUAUUGGCUCUAUUUUAAUAAGAAAUAGAGAUUUGAUGACAAUGUUUACUGCUUGGAUGAUGGCUAAUCGAACAUAUGUUGAAGGACAAACACUAACAUAUGUUGAGUUCCCAAGUAAAUUCGUUUAUGAUUUACAAUCUCGACAGUGA